UGUAGAUGUGAACACCAUAUCUCCAACCGUUUCUCCUACAUCUGCAACUGUGCAAACCACAACAGUCUCUGCUAACCCCUGUGGUGACGUCCACUGCACAGAAGAUGAGGUAUGUGGGGAAGUACAUGGAAUCUAUGGCUGCUUGUGCAACAAGAGCAAUGACCGACCCAUCCCAGAGUCAUUUGGUUUGGUUGCUACGUGUCACAAUAGCUCCUGCUGGAUGUCGUUGUCCCGGUGCCUCCUCUUUGAGGAUGGCUUUCCUGCUCGCGCUCUACACCUCAACGAUCCGGCCUGCACAGGCACAGUCAGAGACGGACGGGUGGAGUUCCAUUUCAACAACGACGACCAGCAAUGCGGAACUGUUCUAAGGGCCAAUAAUACCCACUUCAUCUACGAGAAUUCUAUUCAAGGGACCACCGACUCUGCAGAGGGUCUUAUUAUUAGCAGACAGAGACAACUGAAUCUGCAGUUUGUCUGUGAAUAUCCUAUAAAACAAAAUGCUUCCAUGGAUAUGGCUAUCCAUACCUUGACAAGCGUUAUACACCAGAAGCUGCCUGCAGCACAGGGGACAUACCAAGUCCAGAUGACUCCAUAUAAGGACGCAGGGUUCACGCAGCAGUUCAGUGGCAAUGUGACGGGUCAAGCUGAGCAGACGCUCUACAUAGCCGUGGACCUGGAGGGAGUGGACAGCCGCCAGCUCUCCAGUGUGCUGGACUCCUGUUGGGCCACACCCGGCAACGACUCCGCCUCCUCCAUCACCUGGGACCUCAUCACUCAUCAGUGUCCCAACCCGGAGGACGGCACGGUGAAGGUGCUGAGGAAUGGGGUGUCCACCAGCAGCCGCUUCUCCUUCAGGAUGUUCACCUUCGCCGGGGCCUCGUCUCAGGUGUACCUGCACUGCAGCCUCCACCUCUGCCCCCUGGAGGGCAACAGCUGUGUCCCGAACUGUGACCAUGCUGUUCAUCAGCACAGAGACCGCAGAUCUGCAGACUACCAAGAUAACAUCACUGUUGGCUUUGGGCCACUAUUGCCUGAUAAGAACACAGAUGUGCUGGAUGUCCUGGCUCCACUGCCAAAGAGACGCUCUCCUCACCUGUGAACAUCUGCCAUUUCCACACCCCAUUCAUUAUCAUUGAUCUGAAAUCAUACCCUUUUACCUACAGGGGGAACUUAUUGAUUGUUGACACACUGAUUAUUACUGUAAUGACUCUAACUGAUUAUUAAUGACUCUAACUGAUUAUUAAUGAUUUUAACUGCAUUCAUUGUGACUCUAACUGAUUAUUAAUGACUCUAUCUGCAUUCAUUGGAAUAGUUCAUUCUCAUGUGUGUGCUCACAACUGUUGUGAGUAAAUCGACUAUGUGUAAAUCAUUCAUUGAAAUAUGCAUAUGCAAAUAAAUAUGAGAAAUGGCUGU